AUGGCAGCAGCAGCGGCUGAAACACCGCCUAGAGAGGUUGACCCGCUCGGACCGUGGUUCGCGAACCUCUGCCACGGCUGGCCGCGCGGAAAGCAGAAUCCGGGCAAUUGGCAGGAUGAAGGGCUUGAGUAUCUAUGGGACCUCCCUGCCGCAGCCUCAAGAUCCGAUACGCACGCCUGCCACCCUAGUCAACGAAGCCCCCUGCAAUACUUGACCCCGACUAUCCCUCAGGAACCCGGCCACAAACCGCCCACGCACACUGCACCCGCCCCCAUGACGACCGCCGCAGCUGGGUCUUCCAUAACCCUCAUGUUCGGCGGCAACGGGCAUAGUCGUGGUAACUUUGGCGGUGUCGAAAUGGGUAACCCAGGAAAUGUCUCCGUGUACUGGGCUGGCAGCAAAGAGAAAGAGAUUGUAGAUGUGAAAGAAUUGACCGAGGAGAACCUUGUGCAAAGAAAUGGGUUCAGUGAGGAGAGUUUUGCAUACCCGUCGGAUACGAAAGUGACAGCGCCGGGGUGGGGUCCGGGAGACCUUCACGACAAGGGAAAUUGGCAGACGCUACAUAUGCCAGAAUGUAUGGAGAAGGGACGACAUAUGAUGAUCUGGGUAUGGAGUUUCGGUGGCGAAAACAAGUACAGUACGUGCUUCGAUGUCAUGAUUGAGUGA